AUGGCCGCCGCCUACAACGCCCCGUAUCGAGUGGAACCCAAGAACGCCCAUCGAUACACGGUUAUCCUCCUACACGGCCGUGACAGCGACUCCCGUGAAUUCGCCGAUGAAUUCUUCGAGAGCGAGGCCUCCGAACUGGCGGGGAAGCCGAGGACACGUCUCGACCUGUUCUCGGACACCCGAUGGGUAUUCCCCAGCGCGCCGACCUUGCAUUCGGAGCGCUUCGGCACCGAAAUAUCGCAAUGGUUCGACAUGUGGUCGGUCGAGAACCCAGCGGAGCGCCCGGAGCUGCAACGACCCGGGCUUAGCCAGAGCAUCGAGCAGAUCCUCGCCGUCGUUGAGGAGGAGGAGAAGGUGCUGCCGCGAGGGCAAAUCUUCCUUGGUGGGAUCAGCCAGGGCUUCGCGACGGCGGCUGCGGCCUGCUUCGCCGAGAUGCGGGGGGGAUUCGGCGGGUUGAUCGGCCUGUGUGGCUGGCUGCCUCUAGCUCCGCAGGCAAGAGAGUGCGAGGGAGAAGACGGCCUCGAAAAGCUUCAGGCGAUCUUCGGGAACGGGCAGGCGACCGAAGUCGACGCAGAUUCUGUGCGAAAGAUGCCAAUCUUUCUCGGACACUCGGCAGACGACGGCGUGGUCCCGAUCGAGAACGGCCGGGAACUCCGGGACAUCGUCUCGUCGCACGGUCUCCAAGUAGAGUGGCGGGAAUAUGAGGACGGCGGGCAUUGGGUCAACGAGCCACAGGGAGUGGACGACAUCGCCGGCUUUUUGAGAAGAUACCCGCGCGACCUCCAGCCGGCGUGGGCAAUCCACACCGGGUCGCCGACUCCGCGCGGUUCGGCGCACAAAGACCAAGACAACGUCGGAGACGUGCGCUAG